AUGCGCAUUUUCGUACACGUACGGGAGAAGGUCAUUAAGUUAGAGUGCGGUGAUGGCACACAGAACGUAAUAUGGUUGGGCAACGCUGCCAUGGUGCACUACGACUCUUCGUUUGGUCAGAAAUAUGGUUCCCCGAAGUACAUACAAAAGGAGGGUGGCACCAUGUGUGAUCCGAAUGCGCGUGUUUGUGAUGUGUUGGACGAUAACCAACAUGUCUUCGCUGUGCUGGAUAACAUCGAGGAGGUUGUCACAGAUGCGUAG